UUAGGAUUCGUCUAACCUGACACUUGGUUGAAUUCACAUUUAUUGGAUAUCGGAAAACUCAUCGUAAUAAGGGCUCUUCUGGGAUUAUUAUUUACGAGUUACUAGUGUGAGGAGAGUCAGUUCGAAAACUCUAACCUACAAUUAAUAAGAUGAGAACAUUAUAACUGUCUAGUGAUAAAAAAGUGAACUAACAUAUUUGACAUUUGUUAGAUAGGCUAGAAGAGUUUGAUAUAUAAGUCAUAUAACACAAUUACAGAAUUUACUAAUACAAAAUGUUAAAAUCCAUGUCUAACACGCUUUGUAGCGUUAAAAUACAAAAGCACUUAAGGUUUCCUUUAUCUCAAAUAUACUCUGACUCAUUAGAACAGAAAAUUCUAAGAGAUAAUAAUUAUAAGAAUUUGGAAAAUGAGAAAUGUACAGCAGAAAAUGGAAACCAGGAGAAAUACUUUGAGGAAGCACAUAUUAAAAUAAUAACACCGCAUUGUAAUAAAAAUGAACCUUUGGAGGUGAGAAAUCCUAGCACAACAGUUAAAAACAGAGUCAAUGAAAAGUAUAAUAUAACACCUAAAGUAAAAUGGACUGAGAGUCCAAAAACAGUAUUGGCAUUUCACAUUGGUGUCAAUAUAGUAAGCUGGGCAUAUGUAAAUUCUACCUUUGAGGUGUUAGAAUGGAAAUGGGAAGAUUGGUGUGAUGAAAAAACAGUAACUACUACUACAUAUGAAUUAAUCAAUACGAUAUCACAUAUAAUUACCAUGUUGCCUACAGCUGAUACUUACGUAAUAGAAGACAGUACAGUUUCGGCGAGAUCUAAACAUAUAAAAAAGAUGAUCAUUCAACAGCAUUUGGCCGUUUCUAUAAUGUCUUGCAUCCAAUUAAAAAAUGUAACAGAAAAUAUAUACAUACUGCAUCCUAAGACAACAGCACGUUGGUUCAAGAUGAUCGUUGGAUCUGAAGCAAUAUCUACAGAGCCUAUUGUGACAUCGUUGCUAGAGAAUGAGGAAGGCUAUAAUGGAAUAAGUGUAUCUAUAAGCGAGAAAAUCAAAAACGACUAUAUGGAAAUGAACAAACCAGAAAGAGAACAAAUUAACUGGUCUCUAUUAAAAGCCAUAACGUUUUUAUCUAUAACUGGGGAAAGGGCGAGGUCAAAAGUUUCAGGAAAGUAAUAAUGUAAAUAUUGUAAGAAA